AGAGAGAGGAAACGUAAGAAAAAGCAUAAAAUCAACCGAUCACGGCAAAACCAUUGAUGAGAUUAAGAAGAAGAAGAAGAGUCUGAGGAGAAGCGACAAUGGCGGAGCACUUGGCAUCGAUUUUCGGGACGGAGAAGGACCGAGUGAACUGCCCGUUCUACUUCAAGAUCGGAGCUUGCAGACAUGGCGACCGCUGCUCCAGGCUCCAUACCAAGCCCAGCAUCAGCCCCACUCUCCUCCUCUCCAACAUGUACCAGCGCCCCGACAUGCUCACCGCCCCCGGCGUCGACACCCAGGGCCAGUCCCUCGACCCCCGCAAGAUCCAAGACAACUUCGAGGAUUUUUAUGAGGAUCUGUUCGAGGAGCUGAGCAAGUACGGCCAGAUUGAGAGCUUGAACAUCUGUGAUAAUUUGGCUGACCACAUGGUGGGGAAUGUUUAUGUGCAGUUCAGAGAGGAAGAGCAUGCUGCUGCUGCUCUUCAAAGCCUGACUGGAAGAUUCUAUGCAGGGCGGCCCAUUAUUGUUGACUUCUCUCCAGUGACGGAUUUUCGUGAAGCCACAUGUAGGCAGUAUGAGGAAAAUGUAUGCAGCCGUGGUGGAUACUGCAACUUUAUGCAUUUGAAGAAGAUUAGUAGGGAGUUGAGACGAAAAUUAUUUGGGAGGAGCAGACGUAGACGUAGCCGCAGUCGCAGCAAAAGUCACAGUCCUCAUAGGAACCGUGGUUACGAGGAACGUCCACAUGGAGGUCCAUAUGGAGGUCCACAACAUGGAGGUCCACAUGGAGGUCCACAUGGAGGUCCACAUGGAGGUCGUGGUUUUGGUAGAAGAGAGGAUGAGAGGGAUCAUCGUUACCAUGAUAGGAGGCGGCCCAAAAGCCGUAGUCCUGGCCGUCGAGGAAGAAGUAGAAGCCCCGGUGCUGGGGGAAGGAGGAAUAGGAGUCCGGUCAGGGAAAGUAGCGUUGAAAGAAGGGCUAAGAUAGAGCAAUGGAACAGGGAAAGGGAACAACCAGACACUGAUAACAAGCACAAUAACAAUAGCAAUGAAAGCGACAGGAAUGGUUAUGCAGAGGAGGCAAGUCAGUAUGAUGAUCGGCAGCAACACUAGUGUGGUGGGACUCAAUUGCUGGUCUGAUUGAAGCUUUCUGGUGCAGAUGUUAAUGCUUCCGAACAUCAAAAUCCCAGCUCUUCAGUUGUAUCUCUUCAUGACAACAGGCUUGUCUUCACCAUUGCUUGCGUCCAAGAUUUGACGGAGGUCUUUGAUUGCGAAAUUUCCGUUAUGUCGGACCUAUUUUAAUUUCAUAGAGAGAGACUUAGAAGUAGCUAUUUGUAAUGCUUUUAAGUUUUUAACGAUGAGGUGUAGCAUAAAGAUGGUUUUCUAAAAGUUUGUGAACUUGCAUGAUUUAUAACUUCCAAAUUGGUGUUUUGUCUUCCAAAUUGGUGUUUUCUUCUGCAAUCUCUUUAUCAGAAAUUUCUCCAGGAAGUCGAACAAUAAGGAGAUACGGACUCAUUGAUGGGCUAAGACAUAGCAUCUAGAGAUUGAACAAAAAUUCAUGAAU